CUCUCCACCGGCCAAUCACCCCGCACCUUCCCAUUUGGACAACAAAUUAGAAAACGUAUUAAAUGGAAAAUCCAAAAAACCAAAUGACAAAAAAAGGACCCCCUUUUUUACUUCUUUGUUUGGUUUUAUCCAAUUAAAAGGAAUUUGGGAUCUCUUGCAAUUCUAAAAGAAUUGCUCUUUCCUGCUUUUCAAUGUGAGUUUAAUCAUGUCAUUGGGAUCAUAGAGAAAAAUCAUAUAUUAAGGGAGGGAGUACAUGGCACUUUCAGACAAGGAGCUUUCAGCGGCGGACUUAAGAGCUACACAAAGCAACUGGGUUCAAUAUUCUAAACAGCACUCUAAGAAUCUCCCUCCAGGAUCCAUUACUGACUUCGAAUGGAAGGAUUACUGUCCUAAAGCUUUCAGACUUCUACAAGAGCUUGAUAACAUCGACAACGGUGACUACAUGAUGUCAGUUUGUAGUGACGAAACUAUAAGGAAGGCCUCGUCAACGUUGAGACCUGGAAACCUGUUCCUUUUGUCCAAUGAUAGCCGAUUCGCAAUAAAAACACUGCGGAAAUCUCAACUCAAGGUCCUCAUAGAAAUGCUUCCAAUCUACUAUAACCAUCUCAGAAAGUUCCGCAACACAAUAUUGAACAAGCUGUAUGGACUUCAUGUUGUGAAACCAGUUGGAGGUGUCAAGGUUUACUUUGUGGUUGUAGCAAACAUAUUCAAGUCAGAUUUACUGAUGCAUCGGUGUUAUGACCUCAAAGGCUCAUUACAAGGUCGAAAAGUCAAAAAAAUGAGAGUCCGAGAGAAAACUCUUCAUAAGGAGUCGGAUCUUGACUUUCUCUUUUACCUUGAACCAUUGGUCCGACAUAGGCUUUUGGCGCAAAUCAAGCAUGAUUGUGCUUUUCUGGAGGCUGUAGGCAUCAUGAAUUACAGUCUGUUGCUUGGCUUUCAUAUAAAAGAAUCACCUCAAGGUUUCUUGGAUGGUGGAAGUGCAUUUUGUUCUGACUUCCCAUGUCGAGGUUCUGCUGACAGCAGAAGUUCCUGCAACGACAUGAGAAUUUCCAAUGACAUGUUGCAUCAAAGUGAUUUAUCUUCACAAAGAUCCUCCAUCUCUUCAAAUCGAGAUUCAAUUGACAGCAGGAAUUCCACGACGGAAUUGACUUUUUGUGAUCACUGGCUACAAAAUAAUAGUUGUACUUCUAAAUUUGGUGAAGAAAUGUCAGCACGCGGUGUUCGCAUAUCAUGGAAUGGAACAGGAAGUGUAUCAACACGUCAAAUUACCAGAAGGCGAGAGUGCCAUGAUGUUCUUUUAUAUUUUGGAAUAGUGGAUUUUUUUCAAGAUUACGGUGUGAUCAAACGCAUUGAGCAUGCUUACAAGUCAUUGCAGUUCGAUCCAAAGAUGAUUGCCGCUGUGAAUCCCAAAGUAUAUUCGUCUCGCUUUCAGGCAUUCAUCAGUGACUUAUUCAAAGCAGAUGACUCUCUCCACUGAGCCCCACAAUGGAUUCAGGUCCAGAUGCAUGCAAGGAGAUGAUGUAAAGGACAAGAAAUGGAGCUUUUUUGGAAGACAGCAAUGACUAACCAUGGAGACAAUCUUCUGUGAGACUGAGGGUGAUCCCUUUAUUACUUGAAAAUAGAGAAAGUUUCCAGAUGAGAAGCUCGAAUGCAUUGCUUCUGCACACACCAAGUAUUUGUCUUAUAUUAGAAGGGAUCAUUGCUACGGGUCUAUUAUCAAUGAAUUGGCCGGUAAUAGAUGAAGUUUUUCAAAAAUGUGCAAUGUGUUUUAAACUAAAAUAUAGUCCAAUUUCUGGUAUAUAUUAGCUUGGCAAGUGGCAUACAUUUGCCCUAUGUAAUAAUGGCAAAUGCUCGUACCUAGCUUUUCCAUGAGUAACCUUAGGGAGCACAUGCAUUCUCUUCUUUGA